AUGGCCCGGCCCUCAACGAUAAAACUCGAAUGUAUUGGAGGAGCCACGGCAACCCAGUCCGGUCGCAAUGAUAGCUCUCCAAUAUUCGAGGCCAACCCUUCCUUCCUUCGGCCGGCAAGUAUACAUCCUCCACUCCGGUGGAUGUACAGGCCGUGUCUUGCUACGUCGAUCCCUGAAUUCUAUGCGCAGGGAGACAACGGAGAAGUUGACCUAGCCAGAAGGGUGGUGCUCGGCUUCAUUGAGAGCGACGGUGAACUAUGA